AUGCAAGAGGAUAAAAGUUGGAUGCAAGAUGCGAGCAAAGAUAAGAUAAAUUGGUAUAGCCACUGGUCAGUGUCCACGCCAUCCGCCUACGACGGAUGCUGCAAAAUCCUUAUCGUAAGAACAGAACACGAGGAGAACACCAAGAAGAUGAAGAUCUUCAGCCUCAGAUCACAACUCUACAUUCUCAGGACCUCCACUCCCACUUCUUCCUCUUCAAAGCAUCCAUUUUUUCUCAAACCCAUCAAAAUAGCAUCGCAUGGGGACUUCUCCCAGCACAAACCGACCUCUAAAGCUUUAAUUCCUGUCAAAAAACAUCCAACUCUGGAUGUUUCACCCAGAGACCAAAUCUUAUCGAAAAAGCUUCAAGUUCCCGAAAAUGGGCAUUCAAAUUCCAGAUUUCUCACGGUGGGGGCUGUUUCUCUGGGGAUUUUUCUGGUUCUAAUUGGAAUCGAUGGCGAAAAGGCCUUAGCUUUGGGUCCUGAAGGUCCAUUAAUGGAGGAAUUUUGGGAUAACGUUAGGAGAUACGCUCUCUACGCUCUUACCGUCAGCACAGGCGCUAUUUACACCAUUUUCCAGCCAAUCGUGGAGUUGUUGAAGAACCCCAUUUCUGCAAUUCUCGUUCUUGCUAUUUUUGGGGGCAGCAUCUAUCUUGUUUCUCAAGUGCUUUCUGCCAUGGUCGGUGUGACUGACUUUAGCUACGACUAUGGAUAUUGAAUUGCUGCAAUUCUUGCCAGUUCACCUCCUGGUACAUGAACUGCUUAGCUAAUUUCAGUCUGGUCUUUUGGCGCCAAACUAAUGUAUUUUAGGCAUAUUCUCUGUUUAGAAUGUGAUUAUAUGAUCAUUUUACCCUCAUCUCGUGCUGUAUGAAUUUCCUUGUUGCUAAAAAACAAUGGAAUUCAUCAUUGCAAAC